ACCUGCGUAUUCUAGUGAUUUAAUAAAAGUUACCAUGAAGUUGCGCUAUUCUGAAAGCCGUCAUUCCAAUGGGGCGUAAUUUGCUGAAUUGCGCAAAAAUACAACCAAUCGCUGAUUAGAGUUUCUGUUACAGAAAUGCUAAACAAAUUUGCGAUUGGUUUUCGUAACCUACGCGCGUUGAAAAGUACGCCUCAUGGGGAACCGGUACUCUGUGCAUAAGUAUGUGUGAGGCGGAAUGUAUGUGACUCGAAUCGGUACCCACGCCAUUCGCACGUAUAUACCAUUCCAAACCUGAUUCACAUUAACUAACGGUCACAGAAAAUUGGCAUACGUUUAUCGCACCACGCCACUUUGCCACCAAAUGCUUUUCAGUGGCUUGUAGUCGCAUAAAGUUCCAGCAUAGGCUGUUUUACGAUAGUACAAAGCUAUAAUCAAUUCUAAUGUGGUAAAUAUCGGUCUCGAUGGCACUAAUUUAGCUUGGAGUCCCAAUUUGCAUCUUCGCUUAUUACAAUUCUGCAUGGAAUCUGAGGAUUUCAGAUUGUUAUGAAAAAAAUAAACACGCCUCAUAUCGAAGUGGUACAUAAAAAACGCAUUCUAAACUUAUUAGCCACGGGUGGAGUUACUUCAUAAACAUUUCUGCUAAACAUUUAUUCAUACUGAUCACAGCAUUCGCACGUAUCCUUCCAAACCUGAUUCGUAUUAAUGGUCCUAGGUUAGAAAGGUUUAUAAUAAUGGAUUGUGACUUGAUUUUAUUAAAUGUAUGGAAACAAUGGAAAAAGUGGAAGCUGAUAAAGCACACAUUUCAACAGCGGAAUGUUAAAAAACGUCAAAUACUGAAAUUGUUUGUGAUAUGGAAACUGAUACAUGAAGCGGAAGGAGCUCAUAAAAUGUGGGUGCGCCCGAUAUUCAAAGAAAGACAAAGGUUAUUACAGGGUGCUAGUGACAAUCUGGUCAGAGAAAUGGAAUUGGAAGAUCACGAAAUGUUCUACAAUUAUUGCAGAAUGUCCGUAAAGAUGUUCAAUCAAUUGUUGCAUAUUGUUGGACCAGUCAUUGAAAAACAGAGUCUUGUUCGAGAUCCAAUACCAGCUCGUACCCGACUUCUAGUUUGUCUACGUUAUUUAGCAUCUGGAGACAGUAUGACUUCAAUAAGUUAUUUUUUUAGAAUUGGAAUAAACACUGUCUCAAGAAUUAUUUCUGAGACAUGUGAACAAUUGUGGAAUACUCUUCAUAAAUCAGUUUUCCCUGAAAUAAAGGAAACGAAUUGGUUGAAAAUUGCGAAUGAUUUUGCGGUGAAGUGGAAUUUUCCGCAUUGCAUAGGUGCCAUUGAUGGAAAGCACGUGAUAAUACAAUCACCUCCUCACAGCGGCUCAACGUAUUAUAAUUACAAAGGAAAUCAUAGCAUCAAUUUACUAGCGGUUUGUGAUGCUAAUUACUGCUUCACAUUAAUCGACAUUGGUGCGGAAGGCCGACAGAGCGAUGGAGGAAUCUUCGCUCAUUCAAAUUUCGGCCAGCGAUUUGAAGCAAAUUUAAUGAAUUUACCACAACCGAGACUGCUUGAAAGUUCUGAAUCCGCAUUACCGUUUGUAUUAGUAGCGGAUGAGGCAUUUGCUUUAACUACUUACAUGAUACGACCAUAUCCACGAAGCGGACGCCUAAACGGUCAAAGAAAGGUAUUCAACUAUCGUCUCAGUCAAGCAAGAAGAAUGAUAGAAAGUGCGUUCGGCAUUUUGACAGCGAAAUGGCGAAUUUAUCGUCGACCGAUAAUCUCAUCUGUCUCUACUGCAGUCAAAAUUGUUCAAGCAACUGUAUGCUUACACAAUUUUGUGAUCCAAAAUGAAAACCAAUUGCCGCUUUCUGAAAGAUGUUAUACACGUAUCAUCAGUGGAGAAGAAACCGUGAUAAACGGUGCAUUGCAAGACGUCAACAAUGCUGGCAGAACUAAUGCCCAUACCCGACUUGCCUCUAGAAUCCGAGAUGAGUUUGCUUCAUACUUUGAAAACCUGGGAGCAGUAUCCUGGCAGUGGGAAAAAGUUUUGCUCAACGAUUUUUAAUUGA